UGCAAAUUCAAAUUAAAAGCUGGUGUAACUUUUAAGCUAUGGAUAUGAUCUGGGACAUCGGACCAAUUAUAAAUCUCAACGUAAUUGAAGAGAAGUUGCAGAUACUAGCUAAUCUGGACAUUGAUACACAAAAUCUGGAACUUGGAUAUUAUUUUCUGUGUGAUGUAAUGUUGCUAAUGUUUACUGAAGACGAGCUUGUAGCAGGACUAAUAAUGUACUUAAAUGCACUUGUAGAGCACGACUUGCCUUUGGAGGAUUCAACAAUGAUGAUUGAACAUUUCGUUUACAAAGUGACUGCUUUGGACCAUAGUGUUACAAAACCAGUGGCAAUAUAUACCUACAGUAAAUUGUUACCACGAGAACUGCCUUUUGCAGAGCAGUUGGCUAUGAUCAGACAACUCCUGGCAAAUAUUUAUGAAUUGGAAGGAAGUGGGCACAGGCUAUUCAAGUUUUGAAGGAAAUUCAACUAGAUUCGGGUCUUCACGGGCAAUUCUCAGCGGAUUACAAAUUAGGAACUUAUUUAAGAUUGAGCCGCUUCAGUCUUGAAAUCAACAAGGUAGAUCAAGCGGAGACUUAUAUUAAUCGCGCGGCGUUGGAACAGGUAGAUGCUGAGGACGAGGAUCUACAUUUGGAUUUUAAGGUGGGCUAUGCAUGCGUGCUUGACUUCCAGCAUAGGUUUAUUGAUGCUGCACAACACUUCAAUGAUCUAGCUGGCGAAAAUAUCAGCGAUGAGUAUCGCUAUGCAGCGCUGCGUAGAGCAGUUACCUGCACGUUGCUCUCAUCUCCCGGAAAACAGCGCAGCAGAUUGCUCGCGAGAUUCUACAAUG